UUUUGCUUUUUGGCUAGGUACAAGGUCAGCCUGAAUCUGGGUAUCAUGUAUCAUCGUACCUUUGUCGUACUUCAUAUCCGUAAUGACUGGAACUUUAGCCACAUUAGUUGAAAGUCUUGUGAUGGAGUGCCCCGGUAGUCGCGCCGGCCGCGUGUGGUGCACGCCAUACGCGUGGCGGACUGGACCUACGAUGAUCCCUUAGACUUGAGCGAUAUUGAUUGAUAUCAUUACUUAUUUGUAUACAAACUUCUUGGAAAAUACAGAGAUUACAGCCGAGGCGCGAAGGCAUCUGUGCUCAUCUUCAAAGACAACUUAGAAAAGGUAAUCGUAUAUACAUUGUAGUCUUUGAGGUAAUCCAGUGUCAAAUUGACAAAUAAGACCGUUUUUGUAUGUGUAACAUUUUUUCUAUUAGGGAUUUUAUUUUACAUGUAGCUAUAUGAUGGGAGUACUUGGAACAGAACAGCAGUUAUGUCCGUGCUACAAGGAGUGCCAACAACAGUUCUACAAACUAGCUGAAUUUAAGGAUACUGGGUUGGUGGUCUAUUGUCAUAGCACACGGAGAACGAAUGUCAGGCAAGGUGAAGAAGGCGCUGUAAAAGAUGUAUUUAUAUUGCAUAAUACGGGAGGCGUAAAAAUCACAAAUGCCGAUUUAACUUCAGAAUUGGUUUCAGAAAAAAAAGACAUCAGCUGCCCAAGAUGUAGAAAAACAUUAGAGCAUGCUCAAGAACUAAUUAAAAAAAUACCGUCGAUAGGUAGGAGAAAUACUAUAGGUGUAUGUGAUCACUGUCGUAAGAAAGCUCAAAGAAUUAAAAAGCCAUGCUUUGCCUGUGAAGAGAUUGUAAAGAAAUUUAUAUCAGUUAAAGGUGAACAAAAAGAAGAGACAAAAAAGGAUGUUAAAUUAUGGCUUUCAAGAAUGGGGCAUCUUUUGAAAGACACAAUGAAUCUUGACAAUAGACACCAAACUCGUACCUAUUCUGACGCACAUAUAAACCAAAUAUUUAUAAAAUCACCCAAAUGUAGACGUGAACUAGAAGUUCAACAAAUGUUUAGCCCCGAAACACACAAAUCAUAUGUAGACAUAUUUGUGGAUACGACAACAGAAUUAAAAGAAAUUAAUGUGCCUGAAAAGGCUGUAGCUUUUUCUCAACCUAUUGAACCAUCGGAAACUGUCGUUGGAACGCAUGUACCUGCACAGGAGCCCCCACGAACUUCACUAAAAGAAGGCAAACUAGAAGAUAAGUUAGAUUAUUACAAUAAACCUUCAAUGGAUGUUAAGGAAGCUAUUAAAAAUAAACAUGAUCUCAGUUUGAGACAAAUGGUGGGAUCUGGAAAAAAUUUUAGAGCCGCAUCGAAAAGGCCUGAAAUAUACGAAAUUCUUAAAAUCGCACCAUGGGAACACCCUAAAACCGAAAAAGAUCAUGACGGCAUAUCAGAAAUUUUUAUUAAAUUGCCUAAAGCAAAACAAGAUUUAAGUUCAGAAAGUUCAGGUGAUGCCGAAUCUGAAUUGUACAAAUUAAAAAAAUAUGGAUCAAGAACCUCUCAAAAAGAAUCGAAACGGAAACCUUUGGAAUAUGCUGCUGAUACCAAAUUUAAUGCUAAAGAAACCGGUAAAAGAAAGCACCCAACAUCAAAAAUCUCGUCACAAAAGAGUUUAAGAGGUACUCGCUCUGAGCGAGUUGGUAAAUAUGACCACGGUAAAUUAAAUAAAGAAAUAUCUGAAUCUGAACUAAUAUUCCAGAAAAUUAAGCGAGACGAAUACCAUUUACAUGAUAAAGAAUUUAAAUCAGAACAAGGUGUAGCAAAAGUAACUGGACAAAAAUCCAUCGGACCCAAAGAUAACGUAGAAAGAAAAUUGAAACACCAAUUCAGCUUCUAUUUUCCAAAAAAAGUCCAAAAACACAAAAAACAAUUCAAAGUUCGUUCAUCAGAGCUUAUUAAGACAACACAGGAAAAGAUACUUCAACAAGCUGAAGAUGCGCAGAAACGGCUUGAAGUUGAACAACAACAAAAACAGGAAGUACAUGAAAAGAAAAUGCUAGCCGAAAAAGGGAAAACGCAGCAGGAUGAAGAAAUACGGCAGUCAAUUAAGGAUGAAAAAGAAGAUAUUAGAAUGACAGUUGAAAGAAGCUUUGAAGAUUUGGAAAGCAAAUCAUUGGCAGAGAGAGAAAAGCAAGAUAGAGCGAGGGACCUCUCCAAAGAAGAUAAAUACAAAAGAGACACGAUGUCGGAUUCAGGUUUAUUUGAAAAGGAUUUGAAACAAAGAACACAACCAAGGGACAAAAUGGAAACCGAUAGAGAAUUAGAAAAAUCUAGGAGAGGCUUAAAAUCGAAAAGUGACACAAGAGAUACAUAUGCUGACGAGACAGACAAAGCAAAGAGAGAAAGUUCUAAAACUGAAAGAGAAUUAGAAAAAUCGAAGAGAGGCUUAAAAUCGAAAAGUGACACAAGAGAUACAUAUGCUGACGAGACAGACAAAGCAAAGAGAGAAAGUUCUAAAACUGAAAGAGAAUUAGAAAAAUCGAAGAGAGGCUUAAAAUCGAAAAGUGACACAAGAGAUACAUAUGCUGACGAGACAGACAAAGCAAAGGGAGAGAGUUCUAAAACUGAAAGAGAAUUAGAAAAAUCGAAGAGAGGCUUAAAAUCGAAAAGUGAAACAAGAGGUACAUAUGAUGAUGAAACAGACAAAGCAAGGAGAGAAAGCUUUAAAACUGAAAGACAAUUAGAAAAAUCUAAGAGAGGCUUAAAAUCGAAAAGUGAUACAAGAGGUACAUAUGACGAUGAGGCAGACAAAGCAAGAAGAGAGCUAAGUUCUAAAACUGAAAGAGAAUUAGAAAAAUCUAAAAGAGCUAUAAAAUCGAAAACUGACACAAGAGAUACAUACGAAGAUGAGAAAGACAAAGCAAAGAGAGAGCAAAGUUAUAAAACUGAUCGAGAUUUAGAAAAAUCUAAGAGAGGUAUAAAAUCGAAAACUGACACAAGAGAUACAUACGAUGAUGAGAAAGACAAAGCAAAGAGAGAGCAAAGUUAUAAAACUGAUCGAGAUUUAGAAAAAUCUAAGAGAGAUAUAAAAUCGAAAACUGACACAAGAGAUACAAACGAUUAUGAGACAGACAAAGCAAGGAGAGAGCUAAGUCCUAAAACUGAUCGAGAAUUAGAAAAAUCUAAAAAAGGAACAAAAUCGAAAACUGACACAAAAGAUAUCUACGAUAAAAGGACAGACAAAGAAAGGAGAGAACCAAGUUCUAAAACUGAUAAAGAAUCAGAAAAAUCUAAAAGAGAUAUAAAAUCGAAAACUGACACAAAGGAUGCAUAUGACGACGGGACAGAUAAAAAUAGGAAAGAGCUAAGUUCUGAAACUGAUAGAGAAUUAGAAAGAUCUAAGAAAGGUGUAAAAUCAAAAAGUGACUCUAAACAUACGUAUGAUGAUGGGACAGACAAAGCAAGGAAAGAGCUAAGUUCUAAAACUGAUAGAGAUUUAGAAAAAUCUAAGAGAGGUAUAAAAUCGAAAAGUGAUACAAGAGAUACAUAUGAUGAUGGGACAGACAAAGAAAGAAAAGAGCUAAGUUCUAAACCCGACAAAGAAUUAGAUAAAUUCUUUCUUUCUUUCAAAUCGAAAAGUGACAAAAGAGAUAUAUAUGAUGAUGGAAUAGACAAAGAAAGAAAAGAGCUAAGUUCUAAAUCUAAGAGAGAAUUGAAAUCUAAAAGUGAUAAAAGAGAUACAUAUGAUGAUACGAUAGACAAAUCAAAAAAAGAAAUUAGUUCUAAAACUGACAAACAAGAUAAAUAUGAUGAAGUAUCCGAAAAAGCCAAAAAAGGGUCCAAGGCUAAAUCUGGACUAGGAGAUAAAUCUGAAGAAGCAUUGAGGAAAGAAAAAGAGACCAAAAAAGACUAUAAAAUAAAACCCGAAAAAGAUACUGAAGUUGAAGUUUCGAUGAGGUCUGAACCAAAAGAAAAGGGCUUCGAAGUGCAAGAAAAAGGCAAAAAAGGAAUUAAAGAAAAAUAUGAAUCAACGGGCAAAGAUGGUGAAAUAACUGCCAAAAGUAGAAAAGAGGUAACAGAUAAGCCCGGAUUGAAAGGUAAACAUGAGGACAUACCCGACUUGAGUAAAAAAUAUCCGAAGCUCAAAAGAGAAUCAGAUUCAGAUAUUGAAAUAACGUUAAAAAGUAAAACUGGACAGCAAGCUAUCAAAAGUGAUAGUCAGUUGAAAAAAGAUUUAAAAGAAAAAUCUGAACGAGUUAAAAAAGCUGAAGACAAAAAAGACUUUCAAGAAGAACACAAAGAUAAAAAUGCUAAAGAAAAGAAACCAGAAAAGAAAGAUUGGAAUAAAGAUAUGGAUAAAGAAAUGGCAACAGCUUUAAAAAAUAAGGAAAAACAAGAGCUUGAUGAAAAGCUACAAAGAGACAAAGAAGAAAAAGAAAUGCGAGAGUUAAUAGAACGAAAAGACAAAGAAAAUCAGAAGAAACCAUCAACAAAAGAAGCAGCAGAGAUGCCAAGAAAGUCUAUUAAAGAGAAAGAAACGCUCAAAAAGUCGGAGAAGCCCUCAAAAGCACAAAAAUCAUCUGAAAUUGAUAUAUCUAUGACAAAAAUAAAAGUCAAAGAUCCAAAUGCAUCUGAAAAUAUAAAACUUUCAACUACGCAACAAGAUUCUAAAAAGAAAAAAGGAGAAACGCCUGGAGAGAUGCAAGAGUCUUCUAGAAAAGAGUCUAAGAAAGCUGAAACAUCUAAAGAACCCAUAGACGAAAGUUCUAAAAAAGAAGAAGCUUCUAAAGAAGAUGCUAAAAAAAAAGCAAAAGAAUCAGCAGAUGAGGCUGAGUUUAGAAAAUUACAAGCUAAACUCAAAAAAGAAAAAGAAGAAGCCUUAAAGCAGAAAAAAAUAGAAGAAGCUGAGGCAAGAAAAAUAACAGAGUUAGCAGAAAAAAGAGCCAAAGAAGAAGCCGAACGUAAAAAAAGUGAGAAAGCACCAAAGUCAAUUGAACCACAAUUGUCUGAAGAAUCCACUCCAAGGCUAAUAAAGAUUAACCCUGCCGAUGUUGACCCUAAAGUUGUAAGAGCUCAUAGAAACCACUAUAGAUGUGGACACGACUCACAAACGUGUAUACUUUGUUUCGAUUCUGACUUAGAAAUUGAUGUUGAAAGUUAUGAUAAUAAACUUAAUCGUAAGAAGGCAGACAUAACAGACAUCAUAAUUGGCGAAUACAUAUUGAAAUAUAAACCACGCCGCGAAAUAAUUCAAGAAACUAAUGUUCCUUUAUUAUUUAAAUCGAAAUUUAUAGAAGAAUCUAAUCUACAACCAUCUAAAGAACUAGUGACAGUACCUACUGGUGUGGACGAACUCGAGAAUAAACCAGUUCUGCCAACUGUCAUGGCAAAGAAAGGCGCUAAUGUGAUCGACCCGGAGCCCGCGAAAGGUAUAGUACGAUACGCUUUGUCCGAUCGCACUUUCAUAGACAAGGGUUGGACUAUGCUACCAACUGAGAAAGUUGUGCGAAAGAUGAAUGUUUACCGUAUGCGCCCCGCGCAUCCCGAAUUCGACUGGUUCGAACACAACAAAAAUAAGCGAUUGAUGACUUACGACACUGGUGAAAGAUUAGCAGAGUUCGACGAUAACGGACGAGGUCGCUGGUAUUACAGAAGUGGACGGCUGGCAUUAGAUUAUUACGAUGCUGAAGAGACAAAUGCUCAACAGCGGUUCGUUAUAUACAGCAGUGGUGAGCCCGAUGAGCGCGGUCGCAGUUAUCCUAUUACGAUACUUGCCACUUUUGACUAUCUAGGAAAUGGGAUAGUUUUCGAUCAUGCGGGAAAAAUACGCCUCAAAUACAAUCAAACUGAAGGAGUAGUGCUCGAUCGUGGUAUCGGACCUGUUUCGCAUUGGAAAUGGCAUACUCUGAACGAUCCGCCGGUUCUACAACAAGUCAUGAUAGAUACGCAAAUGGCACAUAAAGAUCCUCAAAUACUUAAACUAGGCGCGGCUGCUGACACGAAAGUUCGACCGGAUAACGAAGAAAUGUUAGCUAUAGAGUUUGAUAACUUCAUCAAAGAGAAGAGUAAGAAGUUGUCCCAAAAAUUCAAACCCUUCCAGAUAAAAAUGAAGGCUCUUAAAAUCAAUGAGCAUUUUUCUCUGAAAGUGUUAGAUCAAGCUACAAUCUAUCUAAUCUUUAGAGACGGUACGACUAAUUUGAAACUCAACAUCGGCAUGAUAUUAGACCAUCAAGAAAUUGUGGAUACAGACACUGCUGAAGUAGGAGAAGUUUCGAACAAUUUAGAAAGAUUCCCAGCUCGCACUGAUAGCCUCGCGGGCUUGCAGCGCAGUGUAGCGUACGCGCAGCGCUACGAGAGGCAGCGCACCGAGCGCGAGCGCAGACUGCGGCCCCCGGAACCUUGCGCCAGUGCGGAUCACCUCAUGGCUGCCGUCUCCGCCCCGUUAAGACCUCCUUUGAGGACUCUGCCCACUGCCUCUACGACUAGCGCCGGAUAUUGUCCUUGCCGAAAGCCAUCAAGCAAUUUAUAUUAUAAUACCCGCCUUCUUUGAAUGAUGUACUCGCACUUGUUAAACAUUUUCUAUUUCUUUUUAAAGUAUUGUUAUAUUAUUAUUUUAAUAUUUCCAUAAAUAAAUUAGUAUUAAUAUAAUUAUUAGUAUAAUUACAAGAUAUUUCUAUUAUAGGUUUAAAAUAAAU